AGCCGGCGUGGCCGCCAUCUUAGGUGCGGGCGUGAAGCUCAGCGGGCUCCGGGGAGCCGGGGCUGCCUCACGGAGCCAUGUUGGGUCCGGGCAGCCGCCGUGUCCGCGGAGGGAUGGGGUGGCGGAAGGCGGUGUGUCCAGUCUCCUGUGAAAUGUGACAGGCAAACCUUCUGAAGAAGAAAUACCUCUGCUCUUGCCUAGGCAGAGAGGAAUGGGAAGCAGUGUGUGUGGUAUCAUCUCAAUCCAGCUCUGGGGGCUGGAGCUCCAGAAAGACUUAGUAAUGAGGAAGUGCUGCAGAUAUCCAGAGCACUGUUAUCCCGAGAUGCAGAUCCAGGAUGGUGGCAGCUGCUUUUACCUUCAUGUCCUCAGAAGCAGGAGAAGCUGCAGGGUCACAGCAGCGGGAUGAUCAGAUGGCUCUUGGAGGGGGUGGAAGGAGCCCAAGCAGCAGUGGAGGACGUUGCAGCAGCAGCCAGUGUUCCCUGUGCUGCUGCAGCCGUGGAGAAGAGCUGCGGGCCCCGGCAGCCCCGUGUGCGGCGCACCUCCUCGCUGGACACCAUCGUGGGCUCCUACCUGCUGGGGCAGUGGCCACGGGAUGCCGAAGGAGCUUCCACUUCAUGCAUGAACAACAAAGCUACCCAGACUCCAGUGUCCUGGCAUGAUGUGGAAGUGGGGAAAGCCAACUCCAGUGCUCACAAGCGUUCUGCCUCUUGGGGUAGCACAGACCACCGCAGAGAGAUUGCCAAACUGAAGCAGCAGCUCCAGAGGACCAAGCUCCACGGCAGAAGUGGCAGAGGAAAGGAGAAGAGCUCCCCGCUGCAGGGGGACCACGCUGUCCUCGCCUCACUGCGGGACUCUCCUUCAGGCUUCCUUUCUCCCUCUCCCUUGUGGAGGCUCAGCCCCUGCUUGCACAGGAGCCUGGAAGGCCUAAACCAGGAACUGGAGGAAGCGUUUGUGAAGGAACAGGGAGAUGAAGAGCUGCUGCGGAUCCUGGAUGUCCCAGAUGGCCACAGGGCACCAGCGCCCGCCCAGAGAGGCUCUGGAGCCGCGUCCCUGGCGCCGGAGCCCAGCAGUGGCAGCUGUAGCAGCCUCUCUCUGUCUCCUUCCCCUUCGGUGCCUCUGCACCUCUCCCCGCACCCCCCGGGGAGGCUGCCAGCAGAAGAACCCUCCUCUGCAGCAGAGGAGGUGCAGCCAGAGCCCAAAGAGAAAGAGGGCAGCCCCUCCCCAGUGCUGGCCUUUGCCUCCUCCCCUCGCCCCAACCACAGCUACAUGUUCAAACGGGAGCCUCCGGAGGGCUGUGAGAAGAUCCGGGCCUUCGAAGAAGCUUCCUCCCCCAGCCCUGAGCAGCCGUUCCAGCCUUCCUGCCCGGAUAAGAACAAAGUGCAUUUCAACCCCACCGGUUCUGCCUUCUGCCCCGUGAGCCUGGUGAAGCCUCUCUUCCCAAACGUGGGCUUCCUCUUCAGGAGCUUCCCGGCUUCUUCCAGCCCCGGCACGGGCCCGUUGACAUCCUGCCAGCCCCCAGCCCCGUUCCUCGGGGUGCGGAAGGACGCUGCGGGUGAUGGCUUCAGCGCCAUUCCCACAUCCCCUUCCCUGAGCUAUGAACCCUGGAAGCGGGGGCAGCCCGAGGAGAGCGUCGUCUUCCACAGCUCCCUGGUGGUGUGAAUCCUUUGGGAGAGCAGCUCUUCCAGCCGCUGGAGAUUGGUGCCUUGAGGGUGGGAUGUGACAGUCAAGAGGCAGCCCUGGGACUGUGACCCACAGCGGGCUUCCUCCCGGGAUGAUAGGAACUGUGAAGCACAGAGUGCCAUGGGAUUCCUGGCUGCUGGAUGGGAUUCCUGGCUGCUGGAGAGGCUCAUUUCUCCGAGCCUCCCCUCUUCAAAGCACUUUCCUGUGUUGAAUUGUCCUUGGUUCCUGGGUGAUUGUUUUGCUGGCGAAGAGGAGCAGAGGUGGGAGGAUUCAGUUGGGGCUUCCUCAUCCCUGCGGCCAGCAGGGAUUGCUGAGCCCUGGGGAGCAGGGAGGGGGGAAGCAGGGGCCUGGGGGACCACUGCCCUUGGCUGCAUCCAAGCAGGGGAGCAGCAGCUUCCACCCCAGCUGGAAGCUUUGGGAACGUUGUGUCCGUGCUCCAGGGAGCUUCUGUGACCCAGUUGGGACAAAGCUUUUCCAGGUGCCUCAGCAGGAAGAGGGGAUGGAGGUGGAAAAGGCAACGCUGCUAUGGAGGAGCCGGGGGGGGCGGUCCAUGGGGCACCCACGGCAGCAGCGAUGGCCCAACCCCGUGUGUUGGGGGGGAGCGGAGCCGCCUCUUCCUGCAUCUGGUGUAAAACCCUUCCACAGACGCGAUUUUUGCAGCUCUUUGGGGGCUCUGGUUUGGGUUCGUGUUCGCAGAGCUGAAGGGAGGGAGGAGCCGUGGGGUGAGGCGGCUUCUCCUGCGGGGCGGAACGGAACGAAAUAAACACUUGAGGCAUCCCGAG